AUGGAAGUAGGGAACUUGAAGACUACGACGAAGUUAGACAUCUCCGACAACAUGUUGGCAGGUGAAAUCCCAAGUAGUUUAGGGGAUUGUACUGGAUUGACCACGCUGAGGUUGGGGGGAAACUUUUUCCGUGGGUCCAUUCCUCAAUCGAUCAAAUCGUUAGGAGGUAUUGAAGAGCUGGAUCUUUCACGCAACAAUUUAAUGGGUCAGAUUCCGGAAUUUUUAGCAUUAUUUCAGUCCUUGAAACUUUUGAAUUUGUCUUACAAUAGCUUUGAAGGCAUGCUACCGCGUGAAGGAGUCUUUAAGAAUGCUACCGCGACUUCUAUUAUUGGGAACGAUGAGCUUUGUGGGGGAGUGCCAGCAUUUCACCUCCCCAAGUGCAUCUCCAAACGCUCCAAGAGAAGAAAGAUCCAUAUAUUGGUAUCGUCGGCUUGUGCUACUUUUGUCAUUCUUGGAAUAGCUCUUGUUCUGGUUUUUCUAUAUCUUCGUUGGUUGAAGAAGAAAGUAAAAGAACCGAUUUCAACUUCCAUGGAUGAUUCAUGUCCAAACAUAUCUUAUCGAGCACUCUUAAAAGCAACCGAUGAUUUUUCUUCAAUGAAUUUGAUCGGUGUUGGAAACUUUGGCUCUGUUUACAAGGGGACACUUAAGGAAAAUGGUACGACCGUUGCGGUGAAGGUACUUCAUUUAGUGCAUUGUGGUGCUCUGAAGAGCUUCUUGGCGGAGUGCGAGGCAUUAAGGAACGUGAGACAUCGAAAUCUUCUAAAGAUAUUGACGGUUUGCUCGGGUAUUGAUCAUCAGCAAAAUGAUUUUAAGGCCUUAGUUUAUGAGUACAUGGAAAAUGGAAGCCUCGAAAGGUGGCUACACCCAAACCCAACACCAUCUCACAGGAAUGAGCCUACCCGGACAUUGAAUUUCUUUCAAAGGAUAAACAUUGCUAUUGAUGUCGCCUCGCAGCCGGAUUAUCUUCAUCACCAGUGCCACAUCCCCAUCGUACAUUGUGAUCUAAAGCCGAGCAAUAUCCUCUUAGAUGCUGAGAUGGUCGCCCAUGUUGGUGACUUUGGAUUGGCAAAGUUCCUCCCUGGAUCAUCCUCUGAUACCGUGGCUAAUCAAACGAGCUCGGUGGGCAUAAGAGGAACAAUCGGUUAUGCUCCACCAGAAUGUGCAAUGGGAUGCAAGGUGUCAAGAGAAGGCGACGUCUACGAUUACGGCAUCCUCUUAUUGGAGAUGUUCACGGGAUUGAGUCCCACCGAUGACACCUUCAGAGAUGAUUUGACUCUUCAUAGCUUUGUGGCAGAAGCUUUGCACGAACGAGUGCUGGAAAUUACGGAUCACAUUCUGCUCCAAGGAAGAGAGAAUCAUUCAAGCCUCAACGGUCCUCAUCAUUGGCUCUCCGAAAGCGACAGCAUAUUUCAAGAGUGCUUGGUUACAGUAUACAAAAUUGGAGUCGUUUGCUCCGAUGAAGUGCCCGGACGGCGGAUGAGCAUCAGCGGAGCUGCAAAUCAGCUGCAAAAGAUCAGAGAGAAAGUCUUUGCACGGGGUAAACACCGACAACAAUGA